AUGAUUUAUGAAGUAAUCAUAAGGGAAUCGAUACAGAUUAUCACAUCCGACAAGCAGAGUGAAGCUGAGGUUAUUCGUAGAUGGGCUUCUUUGCUAUUUAAUUUGUUGGCCCAUAAAAUUUAUUCGGCCCAUUUACUAUCUCAGCCCAUUUAUUUUCUUUUGUAA